AUGUUAUUUGUCAAGCGACACGUUAAGCUGAAGAUUGUGUGGAUUCCCAUCCGUGACUACACGCCGCCGACCAUGGAGCAAGUCAGUGAAUUCAUCAACCAGGUUCUGGAGACCAAAGCUACAGGAAAGGCCACCUGUGUCCACUGCGCCCAUGGUUUGGGUAGAACAGGUACCAUGUUGGCUUGCUACUUUGUUCAAGUUCACAACAUGGAGCCGGAAGCUGCAAUUGCGCAUGUCCGGAAGUUGAGACCAGGUUCUGUUGAGACGACCGAACAAGAAUUGCUGGUGACGGAGUUUUACAACACUUUGAAGAAAAAAUAA